AUGGCCAUCAAAGCCUCCAGUUUUCUGGGGUACACACCCAUCACAGACCGGAUCUUCCUCCGCAACGAGAAGGCCGCAUCCGACUCCGACACGACCCGAAGCACGUCGGUUGACGACCCGACCGCCAUCCUGAUCUACGGGUGGGGCGACGGGCUGCCCAAGCACGUGGCCAAGUACGCCGACGGAUACCAUGCUAUGUUCCCGACAGCGCGGAUCUUGGUCAUAAUAUCAAGUACGAUUGCGGCAAGUUCUCAACUCCUCAAGCAACGAACAGACGCCAUGCUUCCUGUCAUCGACACCGUGUUUCCCACCAAGGCCGACGGCUCCGAGAGAGUCAUCCUCCACAUCAUGUCCAACACUGGGGGCAUCUACUCCGCCGCGACGUUGAACGCGUACCAGCAACGCCACGGCAAGGACUCCAUGCUGCCGCAUCACCUCUGCGUGAGCGACUCGACACCAGGCAGCGUCGUGUUCGCAAGCGAGGUGGGGCGAUGGUCGAGGGCGAUAGCCCUGGGGACGGCAAAGUGGUUUCCCUGGCCCUUUGCUGUCACGAAGGCAAUAUGGUGGACCUUCCUGUACACCGUUCACUUUCUGGGGAUGGCUUUACGAAUCGAGCCCUCCGGUAUUUACAGCGCCAAAGCGUUCGUGAAUAACUCUAUGGCGACGACGAGAGCCCUCAGAUUGUACUUGUACUCCAAGGAGGAUGAAAUCAUCUAUUGGGAGGAUCUCGAGGCGCAAGCAGCUAUCGCGAGGAAGGGGGGAUAUACCACGGUCCUGGAGAUGUUCGAAGGCUCGCCGCAUGUGGGACACAUGCGUGUGCAUCCAGAACAAUACUGGGAAGCCAUAGCGCGAUGUUGGAAAGUAUCGAUGGAGUCCGGGGACAAGAUGGAGAGCGUGUCAUGA